UCCUGUGCAGAGUGCGACUUCCCGGCUUCGCCCCUGGCCUGCGGAGGAGGAGACUCGGCGUCAUGUCCCCGGCGCUGCCCGCGCUGACGCCUUCCGGUAACGCUGCCGCCCGCUCUCCGGGUGUGAAGAAAAGCCUGCAGGAUGAGAUUGAAGCCAUUCUGCGGGAGAGGAUUAUGGUACUGGAUGGAGGGAUGGGGACCAUGAUCCAGCGGCACAAGCUGAGUGAAGAAGACUUCCGAGGUCACGAAUUUCAAGAUCAUGCCAGGUCACUGAAAGGCAACAAUGACAUUUUAAGUAUAACUCAACCCAAUGUCAUUUACCAAAUCCAUAAGGAUUACUUGCUGGCCGGGGCAGAUAUCAUUGAAACAAAUACUUUUAGUAGCACUAAUGUUGCCCAAGCUGACUAUGGCCUCGAACACUUGGCCUACCAGAUGAACAAGUGCUCUGCAGGAGUGGCCAGAAAAGCAGCCGAGGAGGUAUCUUUCCAGACGGGAAUUAAGAGAUUUGUGGCAGGAGCGCUGGGUCCAACUAAUAAGACACUGUCUGUGUCCCCGUCGGUGGAAAAACCAGAUUAUAGGAAUAUUACAUUCGAUGAGCUUGUUGAAGCAUACAAAGAGCAGGCCAAAGGGCUCCUGGAUGGUGGAGUUGAUAUCUUACUCGUUGAAACUAUUUUUGAUACUGCCAAUGCCAAGGCAGCCUUGUUUGCACUCCAAACACUUUUUGAAGAGGAGUAUUCCCCCAGGCCUAUCUUUAUUUCGGGGACAAUUAUUGAUAAAAGUGGGCGAACUCUUUCUGGACAGACAGGAGAGGCAUUUGUCAUCAGUGUGUCUCAUGCAAACCCACUCUGUAUCGGAUUAAACUGUGCCCUGGGUGCGGCUGAAAUGAGACCUUUUAUUGAAACAAUUGGAAAAUGUACAACAGCCUAUGUCCUCUGUUAUCCCAAUGCAGGUCUUCCCAACACAUUUGGUGACUACGAUGAAACUCCGCAAAUGAUGGCCAUGCAGCUAAAGGACUUUGCUAUGGAUGGCUUGGUUAAUAUAGUUGGUGGUUGCUGUGGUACGUCACCAGAUCAUAUCAGGGAGAUUGCUAAAGCUGUGAAAAACUGUAAGCCUAGAGUUCCACCAGCCACUGUUUUUGAGGAGCAUAUGUUACUAUCUGGUCUAGAACCCUUCAGGAUUGGACCAUACACCAACUUUGUUAACAUUGGAGAGCGCUGUAACGUGGCAGGAUCCAGGAAGUUUGCUAAACUCGUCAUGGCAGGAAACUAUGAAGAAGCACUGAGUGUUGCCAAAGCACAGGUGGAAAUGGGAGCGCAGGUGUUGGAUAUCAACAUGGAUGAUGGCAUGCUUGAUGGUUCGAGUGCCAUGACCAAAUUUUGCAACUUUAUCGCUUCUGAACCUGACAUUGCCAAGGUGCCCCUGUGCAUUGACUCUUCCAAUUUUGCUGUGAUUGAAGCUGGCUUGAAGUGCUGCCAGGGAAAAUGCAUUGUCAACAGCAUUAGUCUGAAGGAGGGAGAGGAUGACUUCUUGGAGAAGGCUGGGAAGAUUAAGAAGUUUGGAGCUGCUGUGGUGGUCAUGGCUUUUGAUGAAGAAGGGCAGGCGACAGAAACAGACACAAAAAUCAGAGUGUGCAUCCGGGCCUACCAUCUUCUUGUGAAUAAACUGGGCUUUAAUCCAAAUGACAUCAUCUUUGACCCCAAUAUCCUCACCAUUGGCACUGGGAUGGAAGAGCACAACUUGUAUGCUGUUAAUUUUAUUCACGCAACAAAAAUCAUUAAAGAAACAUUACCUGGAGUCAGAGUAAGUGGCGGUCUUUCCAACUUGUCCUUCUCCUUUCGCGGCAUGGAAGCCAUUCGAGAAGCAAUGCAUGGUGUUUUCCUUUACCACGCAAUCAAGUUUGGUAUGGACAUGGGGAUAGUGAAUGCCGGAAGCCUCCCUGUCUAUGACGACAUCCAUAAGGAACUCCUCCAGCUCUGUGAAGACCUCAUCUGGAAUAAAGACCCUGAGGCCACGGAGAAGCUCCUACGCUAUGCUCAGACUCACGGCAAAGGAGGGAAAAAAGUCAUCCAGACUGAUGAGUGGAGGAAUGGCCCCAUUGAAGAGCGCCUUGAGUACGCCCUCGUGAAGGGUAUUGAAAAACAUAUUAUUGAGGACACUGAGGAAGCCAGGUUAAACCAGGAAAAAUAUCCCCGGCCUCUGAAUAUCAUUGAAGGGCCUCUGAUGAAUGGCAUGAAAGUUGUUGGUGACCUUUUUGGAGCUGGAAAAAUGUUUCUGCCUCAGGUUAUAAAAUCAGCUCGAGUCAUGAAGAAGGCUGUUGGCCACCUUAUUCCUUUCAUGGAAAAAGAAAGAGAAAAAAAUAAGAUGCAUGCUGGCACAAUGGAAGAAGAGGACCCAUACCAGGGCACCAUUGUGUUGGCCACUGUGAAAGGUGAUGUGCACGAUAUAGGCAAGAACAUAGUUGGUGUCGUCCUUGGCUGCAAUAAUUUCAGAGUUAUUGACUUAGGAGUCAUGACUCCCUGUGAUAAGAUUCUGAAAGCUGCUCUUGACCACAAAGCAGAUAUAAUUGGCCUAUCAGGACUUAUCACUCCUUCCCUGGAUGAAAUGAUUUUUGUUGCCAAGGAAAUGGAGAGACUGGCUAUAAAGAUUCCACUGCUGAUUGGAGGAGCCACCACAUCAAGAACCCAUACAGCAGUGAAAAUAGCUCCAAGAUACAGUGCGCCUGUAAUCCAUGUCCUGGAUGCAUCCAAGAGUGUGGUGGUGUGCUCGCAACUAUUAGAUGAGAAUCUGAAGGAUGAAUAUUUUGAGGAGAUCAUGGAAGAAUAUGAAGAUAUUAGACAGGACCAUUACGAAUCUCUCAAGGAGAGAAGAUAUUUAACCUUAAGUCAAGCUAGAAAAAAUGGUUUCCAUAUUGACUGGCUGUCAGAGCCGCCUCCAGUGAAGCCCACGUUCCUUGGGACUCGAGUCUUUGAAGACUACGACCUGCAAAAGCUGGUGGCCUACAUCGACUGGAAACCCUUCUUUGAUGUCUGGCAGCUCCGGGGCAAAUACCCAAAUCGAAGCUUUCCCAAGAUAUUUAAGGACAAAGCUGUAGGCGAAGAGGCCAAAAAAGUCUAUGAUGAUGCCCAAAACAUGCUGAAAGUGCUCAUCAGUCAGAAGAAGCUGCAAGCCAGGGGCGUGGUAGGGUUUUGGCCAGCGCAGAGUGUGCAAGACGACAUUCACCUGUACGCAGAGGAUGCAGCGCCGCAGGCCACAGAGCCCAUAGCCACCUUCCAUGGGCUAAGGCAGCAGGCCGAGAAGGACUCUGCCAGCACAGACCCCUACCACUGCCUCUCCGACUUCAUUGCUCCCCUGCAUUCGGGCGUCCGCGACUACCUGGGCCUCUUUGCCGUUGCCUGCUUUGGGGUGGAAGAGCUGAGCAAGGCCUACGAGCAGGAGUGUGAUGACUACAGCAGCAUCAUGGUCAAGGCUCUGGGAGACCGGCUGGCUGAGGCCUUUGCGGAGGAGCUCCACGAGCGGGUCCGCAGGGAGCUGUGGGCAUACUGCAGCUGUGAGCAGCUGGAUGUCGUGGACCUGCGGAGGCUGCGCUAUGAAGGCAUCCGCCCAGCCCCCGGCUACCCCAGCCAGCCUGACCACAGCGAGAAGCUCACCAUGUGGAAGCUCGCCAACGUGGAACAGUGCACAGGCAUUAGGUUAACAGAAUCCUUAGCAAUGGCACCUGCUUCAGCAGUAUCCGGCCUUUACUUCUCCAAUUUGAAGUCCAAAUACUUUGCAGUGGGGAAGAUUUCCAAGGACCAGAUUGAAGAUUAUGCUCUGAGGAAGAACAUGUCUGUGGCUGAGGUUGAGAAAUGGCUGGGACCCAUUCUGGGAUAUGAUACAGAGCCUCGCCCUCGGCUCCCGUGGUGUAAGCUGGCCUUGCUUUUCAAAGCAGUUGUAGCAGAUGAACAUUCAGGUGCCUUGGAGGCAGAGGGAGAAAACAUUCAGAAAAAGAACCAUCUGCAUUUGCAGUGGACGUACCGAGUAAUGCACCUGUUCAGCCAUCGCUUGCCGUCGGAGUGAAGACAGCCAUGUGCUUUGUGAGGUACAGUUAGCUCAUGUAUGCGUAAGAAUGGGACUCGAUUUCCCAAGAUACUUAGAAGACUUAUGUUCUAUAGCAGGUGGUACAUUCUUCUGUGAGAAAGAGUAACCUUCUCUAAAUAUUUGAGUGUAUCUUGUCAGGAUUACAGUUGCUAAGAGUCUCCUGAUUUCAUUAAGUAUUCACUAUCUCUUCCCUCAGCUGAGUACGUGAUAGAGUGGCUUCCUUAACCAUAAUUAUGUCCUCCCUGCACUCAGCUGAACUCACAUAGUCUGUUUUUGUUUCUCUCUGGCAUGCCUUUGCAGAUACCAGGUAUCUGCUGUGUCCUACACCUUCUCCCCUGUACUAUCCUGAACCCUGUGAAGUUAGUUUUUUACCUGCCUCUUCUGACGUCAGUGACCUCUCGAGGUUAGGUCCAGGGAUCGUCAUCUGCAUGGGCUUGGACAAAAUAGACCACUUCUUUGAAACUCUCAUUUCCCUGCUUCCCUCUUGGCAUCACUCUCUGGCUGUCCUGUGUUUUUGAUAAUUUCUCAGCCAUUUUCAUAGAUUUUUAUCUCCCUCCUCCCAUUUAGAUCCUGGUGUUCUCGGGCAGCCCCGGUGGCUCAGCGGUUUAGUGCCGCCUUCAGCCCAGGGUGUGAUCCUGGAGACCCCAGAUCGAGUCCUGCACCAGGCUCCAGGCAGGGAGCCUGCUUCUUCCUCUGCCUGUGUCUCUGCCUCUCUCUCUCUCUCUCUCUCUCUCUCUCUCUCUCUCUCUCAUGAAUAAAUAAAUAAAAUCUUAAAAAAAAAAAUCCUGGUGUCCUCAAGGGCCUGUCAUUAGUGGCCUCCUUAGUGUCUGUCAUUUCAGUGGGCAAUCUCACUGAGCCAAUAUCCCCAUCUCAACUAUGUCUUGAGGAGCACAGCAUACACCCAGCAGCCCCUGCCAGGAAGACAGAUGAACAUCUCAGACCUAGUAUAUCUCGUCUCAUUCCUCUCAAAUCGUGAAAUUCAGUCAUGAUGAAUGGUGCCACCAUGCCAGCAUCAGACCUCACACUCAGCCUGGAUCAUCUUUGGUUUAGAUUCUUACGGUUACCUGAAAAGUUAGCAUAUGAAAGACACACUUAACCUACUAUAGUUGGGAUGGUAGUAGAGAUAUUUCAGGAAGGCAAUGCUUAGAUGAAGGCCUGACUUGGGACUUGAGGAUUAAGGUGAAGAAGCAAGAUAAGAACAAAUGAAGAGCUAUUUUUGUUCAUGAACAAGAAUAUUAAGGAUCGUACCUCCCCAAAUUGAUAUAUAGAUUCAGUGCCAUUUCCAACAGAAAUUACAAUAGAGGUUUUGUUCAAUGUGACAAGCAGAUAUUUAAAUUUAUAUGGAAAAGCAAAGGACUGGGAAUGACUGAGUGCUUCCAAAUGUGAAGAGGUUACAAGGUAGUAAUUUCUGUUGUAUGUGGUACAGAGGUGGGAAUUCUGAGCAGUGCCAUGAAACGAGGAGCCUGCAGAAUAACCAGUGCAUGCGUUGACCUUUAAGAACGGCAGAGGUGGCAUGGUGCAUCCAGGAGGACGGGCAAGGUGACCCCAUAUGUGGUGCCGGAACAAUGUGUAUUCGAAGGGAAAAGGUGAAAUUUGAUUUCUGCCUCAUGUGUUAAUCCAACAGUCAGUUCCAAAUAUAUUAAGUUCUUAAAUACAAAAAAAAAAAAAAAUCAUUCCCCU